GCUCGCUACAUCAAUCUCAUUGAAGGCUCCCCCAGCAACAGACAUUAGCUUCCUGUGCUGCCCGUGGCACAACAAGGACCAGCAGCGAUCUCGCCAACGAGCAUAAGAUUCACCGCAUACUCAGGGAGAUUUUGUCAUUCCAAUGCUCGCUACAUCCAGGAAAGGCGCUACGGAGCAAAGUCCUUGGUCUAUCAGCAAGUUCGGAACACCUUAUUCUAAGUCUGCAGACAGUCUACGUAUGUCGAACUUUGACCCCGUGACGCAGUCGGACUGGCACGGCCAGUAUUCGUUCCUUCCGCCAGGCGACAACAAUCUCUUUUCGCAUUCAUACGAACACGUAUCGGGCUCGACAGACAAUGCGAAUUCCCAAGCUCAACCACGAUCUGUGGUUGGUCCAGGCAAUCCUCUAGAGGUCGAACCGCCCAAGCGGGUAACUUCGCCAUUAGGACACAGGGCCGAUCCUCUAGGUCUACGGCAACCGAAGCAGUCGUCUCCAGCUGUUGAGCAGGUAGAAAGUCAUAGCGAGCAGUAUACCCAAAAGGCUGCCGAGGCGGCACACGAAGAAUCCCAUACGUCCACAGAAACUCCUAAUAUCUCGCUCGGCUCCCACCCACUAAGCUCUGUUUCUUCAGCCGCGCAUGGACCAACAUCAUCCACAGCACAGUCAAUGAAUGAAGUGCAGUCGACAAUCAAAGAGGAAGAUGAUGAUGUGUUGGAUGAUGAAGAAAUGAUAGAUGGCGAUGUGGAAGGAGAGCCACAGGGGCAAGCACAGCCACAAACAGCAGCGGAGAGAACAGCACAACGCCGGAAGAUGAAGCGGUUCAGGCUCACCCACCAGCAGACACGAUUCUUAAUGAGCGAGUUCGCUAAACAACCCCAUCCUGACGCCGCGCAUAGAGAACGGCUUUCUCGAGAAAUACCCGGCUUGAGUCCUCGUCAGGUACAAGUUUGGUUCCAGAAUCGGCGAGCAAAGAUCAAGCGCUUGACAGCGGACGAAAGGGAUCGUGUUAUGAAAAUGAGGGCAGUUCCCGACGAUUUCGACAAUGUCCAGGCACUUCAUGCCCCUUAUGGAGCGGUUCACGGGCUUGGGACACCCUUGACCUCACCCGUUGAUUUUGCUGCCUCGUCCUAUGCAGAUCAUAUGAUGAGACCACUUAUGGUGGACGUGCGGCGAUCUGAUACCGAUGACCAUCUCUCACCGACCGGGUUGAGCCCAGCGUUCGGGAGUAUAGGCUUCAAUCCCUCGAACUCGCUCAACAACCCAGACAUUCUUUCACCGAUGUCACCCCCUUCUACUGAUAGAUACGGAUACAGUAACCAUCUCUCAGCACCGUUGAGUGCUGGAGCACGGUCGUCAAAUCCAUUUGCGCGACAACCUGGUCUCGACACGAGCGUACAUAUGCAUAAUCAUCAUUCAAGACAUCAAAUACGCCCAUUACACCCUCUUCAACUUCGAGAGACCAUGAACAGGUCUCGCGCCGAUACACUUCAAUCUCCACUCCGUACCAGUAUGUCAUGGAAGGGCGAUUCCCUUGACUAUACAACCUAUCACGGCAGCAACACUUCACCCCCAAUGGGUAGCAGGCCACAAAGCCUGUACCACCAGGAUCAUAUGAACAGUACCUCCACGGCUGGCUUGGGAAGCUAUGACUCAACUCACUAUGCGGGAUCGACCGUCCAGUCGCCUACUCACUUGAGUUACCCCAAUUAUCAGUCAUCUAGUCUUCAAAACAACUCUCAGAGAAACUCGCGCUUGAGGGCUUCCUCAGCCUCCUUGCCUCUUGGUCUCGAUUUACGAAUGCAGUUUCGCUCAGCUGUAGGAGCCAGUAGCUUACAAUCAACAGCACAUUCGCCAACUUCUACUCGUACACCGUCUACUUCUCAGCUAGGCAGUGGCGGCGUCUCUUCUAGCUACUCUGCGUCGAGCUUCCCAUCCGCACCCCUUUCGGCACCCGUCGAUUACUCCCUUCCCCGUACAUCACCUUACAGGCCACCGCCACCGACAGGGACAACGGACUAUUCCAUUCCGCAGAUGAGCGCUCCAAUCGCCCCUCCCAACGACUUCUCGCAAGCGUUUCAGGCCAGCAUGUCUAGUGGUGGAGGAAGUUCGAGGAAUACACAGCCAUUGAGGGAUAAUUUCGGCGGAAGUGCCUUGGGGUUAGGCCAUGGUCAUAACAAUCCGGCAAGCCACCGCACCACUGACGAUUAUUCUGCACAUGACCCCCUAGGCAUGAAGCGGAAACGGAGUUAUUCAGGAACGGUACCUGCGGUUUCAAGUGCACAGGGAACUGGGGCGUAUGGGGCGGCGGUUUGAACAUUGACGACAUGAAAACGCUUUUUUUUCUUCUUCCGAAAACGACAUGGACGGGCAUAUUUCGAAAGUCGGGUCGGUCUAUAUGGGUCGCUGCUAGA